AUGACACAAAACAAGGCUGCCUGGAUUACGGCCCCUACGGAGCAUCCGUUCACUAUCCGGGAUGCGCCGUAUCCCACACCAGGACCCGGGGAAAUUGUGAUAAAGAAUGCUGCUGUUUCUAUUAAUCCCGCUGACUGGAAAAUUCAGACAUAUGGUGGCCCUUGGCUGAGAAACUGGCCUUUUGUCUUGGGCACAGAUGUCGCAGGAGUGGUGGUUGAUGUAGGCCCUGGUGUGGUCCGCUUCACCAAAGGCCAGCGGGUCGUUGCGUAUUGUCACUGUCUAGGGACCGGGGAUCCCGCCAACUCGGGGUUCCAGUUGUACACCUUGGUAAAGGAAAUCACUGUAGCAGGUAUACCUGAUUCGAUUACCUUUGAAGAAGCAUCUGUGCUACCGCAGGCUAUUUCGACUGCCGCAGCAGGUCUAUUCCUCAAAGAAAGUCUCAAUCUUCCCAUACCCCCUCCUACCGGUGCGAAGCCGACAGGCAAAUCGAUCCUCAUCUGGGGCGGCGCGUCUUCGGUUGGCGCAACAACAAUUCAAUUCGCAGAAGCAGCCGGUCUAAGUGCGAUCACGACUGCAUCGACCCAUAACCAUGGGUUAGUGAAAUCUCUGGGCGCAAGUGCUGUUUUCGACUACAAGUCACCUACCAUCGUUGAGGAUGUUGCCAGUGCGAUCAGAAACACGGACUUUAUUGGCGUCUACGAUGCUAUUUCCGAACCUGCAAGUUUCGAGAUGGUGCGUGCGGUUCUGGACCGGCUGAAGGCAGAUGUUAAGACUAUAUGUGUUUCGCCAUAUGAUAAACCUACGGAACGGUUUGCUCCGAUCUUUAUCAGUUCAAACUUCCUCACAUAUGACUCAAACAAACAUGUCGCCGACGGCAUUUGGAGAGACUUCGUCUCGGAAGCCUUGGAAAACAGACGCCUCAAACCAAAGCCUGACCCUGAAGUUGUUGGGAAAGGGCUGGAAGAGAUACAGAAUGCUGUCGACAUUCUAAAGAAGGGCGUCUCGGCAAAAAAGAUUAUUGUCACUCUGUGA